UCCCCUCACACUUCAUCCCACUGCACGCAUACUGUACCCAUCCCUCUGCCACCAGAUCAUCCCCCCUGCGUCCUCCCCCGUUCUCCUUCAUUCUUCCCGUCCUCUGAUUCCCGUUCUCCGCGCCGCCGUCCCUCUACGGCCACCCUUCCCCCGCAUCGCGACGAUCCUCCGCCGCUUACAAUAUUCGUUUUUUAACGUCUUUUUCCGUCUUCUACCCUUUUCUAUAAUCAGUGUAUAUCCUUCGUAAUCCUUAUUAAAAGAACGCGUGCAAUAUCCUAGUAUAUUCACCAGUGAAGAUUUACGUGUUUUUUUUUUUGUACAACAAUCGUGCGGUUUAAGAAGGGAAACGCGACUGUUUCCCCUGUGUGUAUUUCCUCGUGACAGAAGGCUGACGCAGCAGCGGCAGUGGCGGUGGCGUGCUGUGUUCUCUUGCUUCUUAUGCUUGUGUCUCUCGUGUUGUAAAAAUCUGCCCCUACGCUCGCUCUCACCUCUCGGAGACCCCCCUCCGAGGAAAGGAUUCGAUUCCACGGCGAAGAAACAUGGGGAGAGGGACGUUGCUGUAUUUGAUUGACGGUUUGCAAUGAAUUUCCCGCCGUUCGGAAGCCAUUUUCCCGGUACUAUUCCUAGUAUUCAUCAGUUCGCAACCGACGGCUCCGGCGGUGCGGGCGGACGUUACGCCAAUCAUUUUCCCAACCAGCCUCCGAUUGGAGUGCCGGUUAUGGGAAAGUACCGUCCUGAAAGCAACGGCGUGCAAUCUGCUCAGUCACAAGUGAUGAUGAACAAUAAAGCAAGCUAUCCUAACAGCAAUGUUCAUCAUUACCCAAACGUACCAUAUUCCCAAGCUCAACCAGUUCAACAGCGGCCCUCUAAUUCGCCUGGAAUGCCAGAAAAGCGUUCUUAUCAUCAGCAAGCAACUGAAACUAUAAAUCAACAAGAUGUUUGCAAUCUCCUACAGGAUAAAGAUAAAAAUAAAGAAAAGAAGGGAGACGAGCAACAGCGCAAUGGAGAAACUACGACAAAUGGUAGCCAACAAGAUUAUACGAUGCAUCAACAUCAUCAGCAGCAUGCUCAUACUCAAACUCCUGCAACUAUGCCUGCUACGUGGCAGUCUUUGGCUACUCCUGGAUCCACAGUGGCAGAUUACCUCAGUCAUUUACCAGCUAGUACUUUACCGUUAAGUUUACAUCAUUUCUUAAAAUAUUCUGCAGAAAGUAUUAAGAAAGAAUCAGAAAUGGCACAAACCACUUCUGUAGCUGUAGCAACUACAACAACACCUAACAUAAUGAUGUCCCCGAAUAAUAAAAAGAAGAAAAAGAAGAAGGCUCCCAAGGAGAAAAAGCCACGUCCAAAACCUGGAGAAAUUCGCUUAACGACGGCUCUAGAUGGCUCUACAUUGUACUGCUGUCCAGAAUGUCAUAUGGCAUAUCCAGAACGUGAAUUAUUGGAACAACAUCUUCUGGGACAUACCUUAGAACGAAGAUUCGUGUGCGAUAUUUGUGGGGCAGGCCUCAAAAGAAAGGAUCAUCUUACACGUCACAAACAGAGUCACAACCCCGAACGUCCAUACGUUUGUACUGUUUGUUUAAAAGCUUUCAAAAGGAAAGAGCAAUUGACAUUACACUUUGUUAUACAUUCUGGCGAGAAACGACACGUAUGCACAGAGUGUGGAAAAGGAUUUUAUCGUAAAGAUCAUUUAAGAAAGCAUACCAGAAGCCACAUUGCAAGAAGGGUAAAAGCUGAGCUCAGUCAAAACGCUGGUACACAGCAAAAUCAACAACAAAAUAAUGUUUCAAAUAUGCAGACAACAGCUGUUACAGCAUCAUCUGUUCUUUCUGGUGGACAUCCGGGACCUCUCCUGUCCUGAGCCCCGCCACCAGGGAACUUCCAAGUUCCCCAUCCUAAUAAUAUUCUUCACUCGCAUACUUCUCAUCAUUCGUUGCAUCAUCAUCAUUUGGCGGCCGUUAACGUGGCGCACCAAUCGAGUGUCACGCCACUUGCUACAUCCAGCCACUAUCAAACGCACGACCUCAGUUUUUUGGGACACGUUAAAGAUUUCUGAGAGCAGGGGAAGACCUCGAUUAAGAGGUAACAAAACUGACAAAUUGUACGAGUACUCUUAACCAGUGAGAGUUAAUUCGACCGCUUUUCUUCGUUUCAACUUUAGUAAGUUUUCUACGAUAACAAACAAUUAUCCGUGAUUCUGCUGACUCUCUAUGUCCUAGUACAAUAAUGCAAAAGCUGUGACAGUUGCAUAAAUUUUUCAACGGUAUGCACAGUUUUUAUCACCUGUAUGUCAGGUAUUGUUUUUGAGAUAUGUACGCAUAGAUCUUAUCUUGAAAAAGUGUGCCAUAUGUGUAUGUACAUGAUCAAAAAAGAAAAAAAAGAAAAAAAUGAAGAGAGAGACAUAGAGAGUGUUUCCAUGCACACGGUAAAGAGACACCAUAAUUUUCUCUAGGAGCGUUAGAUUAGAGCCUGAUAUAAAAGUCUUGCCAUACUACUGUAUGUAUGAGAAACAAAACAUAUUUUUAUGAAGGCUUGAUGUAAAACACAAAGAAGCUACUUAUUAUCAAGCUAAGCUUAUUAUCAAGAGAGAGAAAUAUUAUAAAUCUUUUCCAAAUAAGUUGAACCGAACGAUACGAUUUAGUUUAUAAAUUUAUUUUCAAUUAGUCAACCUAAAAUCGUUGAACGCAAACAAAAGUUUAGAAUUUGUGCGAACGAAGACAUGUAUAUAAGGAUGCAAACGAAUCAUCCCACCGAUUAAUAUGUAACGUCUUUCAAUUUCUUAAGAAGCUGAAAAGUAUGUUUCUUUUAAUCAUUGGCUCAAUGAUAUUUUGAUCGUAUCUUGAUGUAAAGUAUUAAAUAUGUUUACAAUCUUUUCGACGAAGUUAGAAAAUAUUUUAUUUUUAGAGUCGAGUUAUUUAAUGUUUUAAUGAAACAUUGCAAAGCAGUAGCUAAAAGAACAUGUGGCAAUACUUUAGUCAGUAAAGGAACGAAAGAACAUUAUUUCGCUUUUGUUUUUAUAAAUUUAUUUCGUAUAUAUACAAAGUUGACAGUAUUUUAUAUUUUACAAUAUAUAAUUCCAAAUUUUUGCUUGUAUGUAUACAUUUAUACAUAAUUGCGUAUAUAUACAUAUGUAUGUAUUUAUAUACACGUAUAUAUUUUGCGAUAUCGCCGAGAAUCGUACUAUAUCUCACUUUUUUUAUAUACGUAAGUUCUUUAGGAGUUUACAUCGUUUUUUAUAUCGUUUUUUACAUUGUUUUUUAUACAUAUUUUUUUCGUUAAAUCCCUUUAACUUUCGUUGAAUAUUGAUCGUGUUAGUGAACGUUUUUCGUUAGACUUCAUGUACUUUUGAUUUUCUUUGUUUAUUAUUAUUAUUAUAAUUUUUAUACGUAUAUAUUAUAGUAAAUAUUCAAGUAAUCGUCGUUAAAAAGAAUGCUAGUUUUAUAAUCUUUUUUUAUGUCUUAUUUAUCCGCAUCGUGGAAACGAAAUACCCUCGCGGACUGUGAUCGUUUCGGACAAAACUGACAUUUGUUCCAAUUGUCUCACUUUGUCUGAUAUGUUUUUUUCAACCAUUUCUUCCUCGUUUUAGUAUUAUUCAGUGUGCCAUUUUCUUCGAACUCCCUACGCCGAUACUUUCUUGCCACAGGCAUUAAUUCAGUCUACCAGAUCGUCGACGCUAUCCUUUCUUUUUUCUUUUUCUUUUCUUCUUUUUAAUUCUUAAAAGUAGACGUCCUAUAUCCUUAAACAUUACACGCAACAGCUGCUGAAUACGUUUACGUUCUGAUGUAAACCGUACGAGGAAAACAAAAUGCAAGAAUAUAACGUAUGAAAAAGGUAGUUAGGAAUGUGAUGCGCUAUUAUAAAAAGAAAAGAGAGAAAGGAAAGGGAAAAUAUUGAAAGCAUCGUAUUCGUUGGGAGGACGACGCGUUUCGGCGAUCCAUUACUGCUUACAAGAAUGAACUAUAAAGUAUUUUGUAAAGAACCUAGGGUAUGCAAAUAGAAUAGACGUACAAAUUCAUCGUUGAUAUAUUUUUUAAUUAUUUCCUACGUUUGACCGUAAAUAUACAUACAGUUAUUUACUAACGUUCACUUAAGUUUUGUUCCAGUAAUCAUAAAUUUUUGGUCUUCUUCCAAUUGAUCAUCACCGACUGUUUUGCAUCGUAUUUCUAGCAAAAGUCGUAUAUACGUUCUAUAGCAGGUAAUAUGAAAAAUUCAGGAUUCGUCAGACCUCAAAUAUAAGAAUGUACUAAAAAUAUUAUAUACAAAUAUAUAUGUGUGUGUAUAUAUAUAUAUAUACUAAAAGUUAUAUAUAUAUAUAUAUAUAUUUAUAUAUAUAUACAUUUAAAAAAAAGUAUAAAAGAACGAGCUGUAUUAAAAUACUCCACCGCCAUGUACUUGUAAUCAUGAAAAAAAGAGAAGAGAAGAAAGAGAACAGAGAGUACAUUUUAGGUUAUAUGUUUUAGCGAGUAAGUUUGUAUACAAGAUGAAGAAGAAAAAAAAAAUAAGAUUACUACGAUAUGUAAGUGAAAGACGAGGAGAGAAGUAUAAAAGAUGCGUAUGUCUGCAUGUGUUGUAUGCGUAUACAUGCACGCGCGCGCCGAAUCGGAGAGAAAAAUAUGUCGGAACGUGUGUGCUUGUUGCGUGCGUUUUAUGCGUGCAUAUAAUAAUCCGAAAAGUAUAAGGGAAAGAGAGAAAGAGCCUGUGAAAGAAUUAAACAAAAGGGAAGAGAGGAAAAAAAGAAAGAACGUUGACAUGUGGGUAGUUAUAUAUAUAAAAGUAUAUAAUAUAAUAUAAAAAUAUAUAUAAUGUGUGUGAGAGAGAGAGAGAGAGAGAGAGAAAUUUUUCAGAAGUUCGACGUAUGAUUUUUUUUUUGAGAGAUUAAACAAAUGAGAGGCUCAAGAAGCGGUCUAUUUUCAAGGGUAGCCAAAAAGAAAAAUGAAUAAAAAAAAAUGGAGAAAGAACCUGAUAUUUCCGCGCUCGACGAGGCGGACAGUUUGUCUUUGAUAUUUCAGAAAAACGACCACUUCGUCGAGGUAUAAUAGGCAUAGUUGGUGUUCCUAGAGAAAAAAAAAAGAUGAGAAAGAGAGAAAGGAAAGGGAGGAAUAAGAAUAGUUAACGCGUCUGUAAAAACGGAAGAGAAGAAAGAAAAAUAAGAAUUCUCCGGUGCCUUUGCAUAGCGCUGGACUUUAACCGCACCUGCAUACUUUUUCCACCUUAUGAGUAAAAGUCCAUGGAUAUGGCCUCGUGCAUAGCUCUUUUUCGGGACACCCUGUGUAUGCUCCUUUCCUCUUUCGUCCCCCGUUCGCAACUUUUUUGUCGUUUUCGUCGCCAUCCGACACUCUUUUUGCGCCGUGAGCAAGCUAACAAAAAAGAGAUGAACAAAAAGCGGUUCAACGGGCGAUCGAGAGAGGAAGAAGAUGAAAUAUUUUUUAAUAAUGUGAAAAUGAUUAUCGAAAGAGAAGAAAAAGUAAGAUGUGUGUUUUUUAGAAAAAAAGAAAAAAAAAGAGGAUCGAGAGACGAGAGUUGUUGACGAAAGGGGAGUGAAUAUAACGAAGAAACACGUUUUUUCUGUACUUUUCAACGAUGAUUUCUUCGAUUUUCUUUUUUUAGCAAUCUUUUUGCGUUUCAUUGAAUGGCAAAAGCCAAGUAUAAAAGGACGUGGAAAAUUUGUUACUCGGAUGGGAUGGGAAAUAUUUAUUUGCAUUUUUCAAGAUUAGAAUUUCGCUGGUAGAGCUAUGUAUACGUUUUGUACUUAUUCCUUCCUGUGUAUCAAGUGUAUAGAUAUUUUACUUUAUACCAUGAAUCAAAUGCAGCGAAACAGCGAACAGCUUCGUUACAGAAGAUACCGAGGAACUCUGUUUUGCGAACUCAGUGAUUGGAAAUGAUUUAGUUUGUCUUCUGCCUAUAGAUACAUACGUUUUCCGUUCUUGUAAUCGAUAGUAGUGUCUAAUGAUUAAACGAGCAUAAGUAUCGCGUUUUAUAGAGCAUAAGUAGUAAUAAGGUAUAGGCCUUUAUUGCCUAAGUUGCACGAGCUAAGAGAGUGAAAGGGAGAGAUUGCGAGUGAAACCGAGAGCGAGAGAAUGGGAAAAAUGACAAAAUGAUAAUAACAGAUUGAAUUUGCGUACAUCUCGUUUUACAGUUUUACUAGAAACUGUAAGGAAGAAGACAUAAGAAAGAAAAGUCUUAAAUCUUGAGAAAACAAAUUCACGAAAACUCGUAGAAUUCCUUUUUUCGUAUGGUAAAAGCGUUUCGUACUGGUGUUUAAUUAAUCCUCUAUGGACUAUUCGUAGUAAUGCGCGUGAGCAUGUAAUGGCUUUUAACUUAAAGCAUUAAACAUUUUCUCUUGGAAUAAGAAACAAAUUUAUAAAAAGGUCUGCAAAAUUUUUGAAAAUGGGAACUUUUUCUUAAAGCAUCGAAUGCUUUGUUUAGAUUAUAGAGGAUUAAUAUCACGAAAUACCGUUGUUGUUAUUACUAUUACAUUUUUGCGUUAUUCGUAUACUAUCAUUUACAGCGAUACGAUUAGGCAUUUGAAUGCUAUUUCUGUAGUAAGUUCGAAAGUAAUCAUUGCUCGAAAUGGGACAUCGUGUUCGGUAAUGAUAAAUCUUCGCGUCUAUCGAUCUUAACCUCAUCAAAAUGAGUAAGCAGAAAAAUUGAAUAACCAGAAAGGACGACGACGAUGAGAAACACAGUUUCGAGCAUUGAUCUCUCGCUAAUUUACCGUAUAGUUGUUGUAAAACUGAUUGUUUUCGACGAGCGAUCAGACGCAAAGGUAAUUGAUCGAACAGGGAAAAAGAAAAGAAACUAAAAGUUUAAAAGGUAACAGUUUGUUGUAAAUCAAACGCAAUUCACUGAGAGAUAUGAGGGUGACAAUGAAAACCAUAUUUUUCUACGCAGUGUCGAAAAAAAAAAAAAACUCUUAAUCGUACUAAUGCAGAAUAGAGCCGAAAA